AGUAGGCCUACCUCUGCCACGGCGGCGCGUGGGCGGGAUGGCGGGUAAAACCCCCCCAGACUGUUUCUUCUUCGCCCGUGCGCUUCACCGUCGCUCAUCUCUCAACCCAGUGAAGCCACCGGACUAUACACACUUCCUUUAACAUAACGGGGGACAAAACACCGUUCCCGCAUCGACGCGCGGAAACUAACUUGUAGGUCUACGCGUCACGGACUUGUUUUUAGUUGUUUGGUUAUGAGGCGCAAGCGAGGUGGAACGCCAGGGAAAGUAGGAAAGAAAUAAAAAAAACGGUCCUUCCCUUCCCCGACCGACUGAGUGCAUACGUAUGUGUGUGUGUGUUCAUGUUAUUUGUGACGGAAUCCCCUUCUAGUCUCCAAGAAUCCGCGAGGAGGAGGAAGAGGAGGAGGAGGAGGAGGCGGCGCGCGGACCUGUCCACGAGCCCUCACUGCGGAACGCGCGGGGCGGCAGGAGAUUGUAAAUCAACCUUUUGGAUAAUAAUCGAACUCAUCCACCACGACAAAAAACAUAUUUUUUUCCCCCAGCUUUCAACAACAAUCUCUGACCAAACGAGGUGUUUGUCUUGAAUGGUUGUCGACACGGAAUACAGCGCGCUGUCCGAGGGUCCGACCGACAGGUGGAUUUAUCUGUGUUUUGGGAGGAAUAACUGAUGGAUUAAUUUGACGGAUUUGAAGAGUCGUGUGGCCGUGCGCGCGCGAGUGGGUGUGUGUGUGUGUGAGUGUGUGUGUGUGCAUUAGUGUGUGUGUGAGAUUCCUACCGCGCGGGCCCCCCGAAUGGAUUAACAGGCUGCAAUGUCAUCUCUACCUGCCCGCCUAGAGAGAUGUGUCACGGGAAUGGGAUCACAUUUGAACACUUUUCCUCUGGUUCUGCUGACGCCGUGAGAGGACUCGGGGAACAUGUCAACAGACGAGCGGCUCGUCGCAGUGGUCGCCUGUGCGCCGGGCCUCUGUACCUCACCGGUAAAACGGAAGCUUCGCGGUACGGACCCACACGAGGGUACUCCACCUCCGCGACCGCAGACCUGCCGCAGCCACGCUUUGUGACACUGAAGGGUAUGAUGGGUGUAGUGGGCUGGAUGUUCCUCCUGCUCUCCCAGAUCGUAGUGCCUGUGACGUCCCAGAAGCCCCCGGCACUCUCGGUGGGAGUGAUCCUGGGCCAGACGCGUCCUGUCAGCGACCAGGAGAUGCUGCCGCCUCGUCGCCCUGACGAUACCCUUGAGGUCUCAGUGGUCGCUCUCAGGAUCAACCAGACGGACCCCAAGUCUGUGAUCACACAGGUGUGUGAGCUGCUGUCACGCACACGCCUCCAUGGCCUCAUCUUCGCUGACGGCACUGACCAAGAAGCCAUAGCGCAGAUCCUUGACUUCCUGUCUGUUGAGACGCAACUUCCUGUCCUGGGAGUCCACGGAGGCUCCUCGAUGAUCAUGGCUGACAAGGAUGAGAGGUCAACAUUCUUCCAGUUUGGGGCGCUGCAGCAGGAGGCGCUGCUCAUGCUCAGCAUCAGAGAGUACGACUGGCACAUCUUCUCCAUCGUCACCUCCAAGUUCCCCGGGUACCAGGACUUCAUCAGCACGCAGGUCACUGCGGACCACAGCUUUGUGCGCUGGGACCUGCAGAGUGUGGUGACUCUGGACGCCGUGGAUAGACCAAACUCCAAGUCUCACAUCGCCCAGAGGAUUCAGAGUCCCGUGAUACUGCUGUACUGCUCCAAGGAUGAGGCCGCGUAUAUUCUGGAAGAGGCCCGCUCUCUGGGUCUGACGGGCGCCGGCUAUAUCUGGAUCGUGUCCAGUCUCACCACCGGAAACCCAGACUACACACCUGAGAUGUUCCCCCUGGGUAUGAUCUCGGUGUCGUACGACGAGUGGGAGUACCCGCUGGAGAUGCGGGUGCGAGACGGCGUGGGCAUCAUCGCCACGGCGGCCACCUCCAUGCUGCGGGAGAAGGGCGAGGUGCCCGAGGCCCAGAGCAGCUGCUUCAGCCAGGCCUCCGACCGCAGCCCCGGCAAGGAGCUGCCCAGCGCGCUGCGCAGCCACAUGAUGCAUGUUUGGACGAGGGGGCGGGACCUAUCCUUCACACCAGAUGGUUACCAAGCCAACCCCAAACUGGUUGUCAUCGUCCUGAACAGUGAGAGGGAAUGGGAGAAGAUGGGCCGCUGGGAGAACGGGACCCUGUCCUUGAUGUUCCCCGUGUGGCCGCGGUACAACUCGUUCGGGGACGAGGACGCCGACGAGAACCAUCUGUCCAUCGUCACCCUGGAGGAGAAGCCCUUCGUCAUCGUGGACAACGUGGACAUCCUGACCGGCACGUGCAUGAGGAACUCCGUGCCCUGCCGCAAGCACGUCAGAGAUAACAGCACAGCAAUGGGAGGCUCCUACAUCAAACAGUGCUGCAAGGGUUUCUGUAUCGACAUCCUGAAGAAGAUUGCCCGGAACGUCAAAUUCACCUACGACCUCUACCUGGUGAAUAACGGCAAGCAUGGCAAGAAGAUCAACAACAUGUGGAACGGCAUGGUGGGAGAGGUUGUAUACAAGAAGGCCAUAAUGGCGGUGGGUUCCCUGACCAUCAACGAGGAGAGGUCAGAGGCCAUCGACUUCUCCGUGCCCUUCGUCGAGACGGGCAUCAGCGUGAUGGUCUCCCGGAGCAACGGCACCGUCUCCCCCUCCGCCUUCCUCGAGCCGUUCAGUGCAUCGGUGUGGGUGAUGAUGUUUGUGAUGCUGCUCAUCGUCACGGCGAUUGCUGUCUUCCUGUUUGAGUUUGUCAGUCCGUUGGGCUUCAAUCGCAACCUGGCGCAGGGCAAAGACCCCCACGGCCCGUCCUUCACCAUCGGGAAGGCGGUGUGGCUGCUGUGGGGUCUGGUGUUCAACAACUCCGUGCCGGUUCAGAACCCCAAGGGCACCACCAGUAAGUUCAUCGUGUCGGUGUGGGCCUUCUUCGCCGUCAUCUUCCUGGCCUCCUACACCGCCAACCUGGCCGCCUUCAUGAUCCAGGAGGAGUUUGUGGACCAGGUCACCGGACUGUCGGACAAAAAGUUCCAGAGCCCCUACUCCUACUCUCCUCCCUUCCGCUUCGGGACGGUCCCCAACGGCAGCACGGAGCGCAACAUCAGGAAGAACUACCCGGACAUGCACCAGUACAUGACCAAGUACCACCAGACGGGGGUGCAGGACGCCCUGGUCAGCCUGAAGACCGGGAAGCUGGAUGCGUUCAUCUACGAUGCGGCGGUGCUGAACUACAUGGCGGGCCGGGACGAUGGCUGUAAGCUGGUGACCAUCGGCAGCGGGUACAUCUUCGCCACCACGGGCUACGGCAUCGCGCUGCAGAAGGGCUCCUACUGGAAACGCCACGUGGACCUGGCCAUUCUGGGCAUCAUAGGGGACGGCGAGAUGGAGGAGCUGGAGGCCCAGUGGCUGACGGGGAUCUGCCACAGCGAGAAGAACGAGGUGAUGAGCAGCCAGCUGGACGUGGACAACAUGGCGGGCGUCUUCUACAUGCUGGCCACCGCCAUGGGCCUGUCCAUCCUCACCUUCAUCUCCGAGCACCUGUUCUACUGGAGGCUGCGCUACUGCUUCACCGGCUGCAACGGGCGGCCCGGCCUCCUCUUCACCCUCAGCAGGGGCAUCUGGAGCUGUAUCCACGGGGUCCACAUUGAGAUGAAGAAGAAGACCCCGGAGCUGGACUUCAGCCCCCAGGCGAACAUGCUGCACCUGCUCAAAUCGGCCAAGUCGCUGACCUUGACGUCCCCCAAGCAGAACACUGUUAUGGUGCAGCCCAACAUCAUGGACAUGAUGUCUGGCAAAAGCAACUCGCUCAUGCCACCGAAGGGACCCGGUCUCUAUGGCAACUCCGGGUUCAUGUCAUUGACCGGGCGACACAAAGACCUCCUUAACAAUGUUGCGCCGUUCCCCGGGCAACCCAAAGGCCCCGGCCUCAAGACCAGCCCCAACAAACCCCAGCUCUCCGUCACCAACGACAACGGGAACAACCGUCUGGCCGCGCCCGCCGGCCCCGCCUCCAAGCCGCGGAACCUGUGGAAGAAAAGCGUGGAGACCCUGAAGACCCAGCCCGCCGCCACCUCCCCGGGGGCGGGGCCCGGGUCCGGGCCGGGGCCCAGGUCGUCCCCGGGCCCCGCCCCCGGACCCGGCCCGGCGGCGAUGAAGAGCCAGCGCUACCUUCCGGAAGACGGCAUCCACUCGGAUAUGUCGGAGUGCUCCAGCCGCCCGCCCUCUCACAAGGACUCGGACGGCAUGGGGACGAGGGGCGGAUUCAAACCGCCCAAUCAGCUGAGGAAGAGGGGCGCCGGCGUCGGCGGGGGCGGAGUCGGCGGGGGCGGUCAACCCAAGAUCUACUCCAUCGACUCGGACCAGGCCAGCCUCCACUCGGCGCCCAUGUACCAGCGGGACAGCCAGCAGGGGGGGUCCGACGACCACGGCUACCCCCCGGACCUCUUCUCCCCCGACAGCACCCACUCCCACCAGAUGGAGGCCCCCAUGCUGCAGCUGAACGCCGGCCUGCUGCACCACAGCCACAGCGCCGAGGCCGACCUGCACUCCCUGAAGGACAAGAAGUACAGCACCUACAAGCACAUCAGCGCCAAGGACAAAGUGGGAGGUUCCAUGGAGUCCCCCGUGGGGGCGGGGCCGGGGGUCCCGGGCGGCCGGCCCACCCACUGCCGCUCCUGCCUGGCCAAGCUGGGGGGCUACUCGGGCCUGUACACGGUGCGCUCGCCCCAGGGCCGCUGCGACGCCUGCACCCACCUGGGCAACCUCUACGACAUCCGCGAGGACCAGCUGCACGGCCACUACGCCCACGCCCACCAACCCCACAGCGGCGGCGGCGGCGGCGGCGGCGGCGGCGGCGGCGGCGACAUGUUCACCCACUACCUGCCCCAGAGCGAGCUGGGGAUGGUGGGCGAGGGGGACGGGCUGGUCAGCCACCUGGAGCCCCCCGCCUCCCCGGGCCCCCCGCUGCUCCUCAGCCACUCGGCCUCCGCCCAGCACCUCCAGCAGCUGAACCGCCAGCACUCCUACGAGAACCUGCUGCCCGACGGCCUGGCCGACAGGCACCUGCAGGCCCAGAUGCGCAAGCUGAGCAUGUCGGACCGGGACCGGGACGGGACGCUGGAGGAGGGCGCCUACGCCAACGUGCUGACCAUGCGCUCCGACCGGCCGUACAGCAACCACAGCCCGCCCUCGCCCUCGCCGUCCCACCACCACAGCCUGGACGCCCCCAUCCCCCUGCCCCGGCGCUCCAAGAGCCUCUUCCCCGACCGGCCCUCGCACAACCCCUUCCUGCAGUCGGCGCCCGGCACGGCCAAGCGAGACCCCGCCCCCCAGACCCUGGCGCACAUGUCCCAGCGCAACUCGGCCCACGAGCUCUACAAGCAGCUCAUGCCGCUGUCGCUGACCCUGGGGAACCCCGGCAACCACCACGGCAACCAGCACGCCGUGCACGUCAACCACGUCAGCCAGCAGGGCGGCCACGGGAACCAGUACGGCGGGGGCCACGGCGGCCAGCACGGCGGCGGGGGGCUCAUGGAGCAGCAGCUGUUCUACGCCCAACAGGAACCCCCCAUGGUGGCCUACAUGGUGCCGCCCGCCGCCUCUCAGCCAAUGAGCUACGUCACCGCGCCCCGAGCCUCCAGCGCCGGGAACAACCGGCCACGCCUUUACCGCCGAAUGCCCAGCAUCGAGUCCGACGUCUGAGUCUCUCUCUAACACACACACACACACACACACACACACACACACACACACACACACAUGCACACAUGCGCACGCACACGCACGCACGCGCUCGCUCGCGCGCACAUGCACAGACACACACCCACACACGCGUGCACGCACAAGGCGGACACAAGAACACGAUGCACGCACUCACUGUUCCUCCUCGCCUCAUGUGUACAAAAGAACAACCCCCACACUGACGUGCCCGUUCACGUGCAUGCAGAGGAGGCGUGUGUGUGUGGGAGUGUGUGUGUGUGUGUGUGUGUGUGUGUGUGUGUGUGUGUGUGUGUGUGUGUG